CUUCCUGGGAAUGUCGACGCAAAAAGAGGGGCCCGUCCCUGGAAUACCCUACUUUACCUCGCUCUCCUCCAACAUCUACCUCCUCAAGACCGCCCUGCUCACCUCGAGCUCAUCGUCAGCCAUGGCGAAAUCUCAGGCGCUUCAAUCCAACCUGGACGUCGACUACGUGAUCAGCUAUCGGUUUGCAAAGACUGACAAGGCCACGGCUGCUGCCAAGUUCGAAAAGCUGUGUGAGGCGCUGUCAAAUGUCGGCCUGCAGACCGAAGUCCGCAAUGGAGACUCGCACUCGGUGCUCCUCUUCGUGAGGGUUGCUUCCGAUGAGCACCUGUUCGGUGAAGUGUACAGAUCACGCGUCCGCGAUUGGAUCCACGGCGUGCGAGCUGCUGCCCCGUCAAAGGAGACCCGCGAAUCCCUCGAAGCAGAGCCCCUCUACGAAGCCGAGAGACUACGAACCAUAUACCAGCUCAUCACAAACCCAGUGUCUGAAGGCGGCGCCGGCAUCACACCCAAGGAGGGCGAGUGGGAGAGCGUCGAGUCCAUCUUCGCCCUGCACGACCAUGCCUAUAAUAAGGAUUGGAUCAAAAAGUGGUCUUCACAGUGGUUCCUCAAUACCGAGGAUCUUGAUGACAUCCGAAAUCGUCUGGGCGAAAAGAUUGCCUUCUACUUUGCCUUUACACAGUCCUACUUCACCUUCCUCGUCUUCCCAGCCGCAUUCGGAUUCGCCGCAUGGCUCGUGCUCGGUUCCUUCUCUCCUAUCUACGGCAUCGUGAGCGCCGUGUGGUGCACUGUCUUCACUGAGUACUGGAAGCAGCAGGAGAUCGACCUCGGGGUUCGAUGGGGCGUCAAGGGCGUCUCUAAGAUCGACAUCAAGAGGAGAGACUUUCAACAUGAGAAGACCAAUACAGACCCCAUCACUGGCGAACAGGUCGGCUUCUUCUCUGCCUCGAAGCGCUUCCAGAGGCAGUUGUUGCAGAUACCGUUCGCUCUCAUUGCAGCCUUGUCUCUUGGAGCUGUCAUCACAACCUGCUUCGGCAUUGAAGUGUUCAUUUCGGAGGUCUACAAUGGCCCGCUUAAGAGUGUCCUCGUCUUCAUCCCUACCGGCAUCCUCACAACGGUCAACCCUAUCCUUAAUACGCUUCUUACGCAGGUCGCUACUCGACUCACCGACUUCGAAAACUACGAGACCGCGGCCGCACACGACACAGCUCUAACCCAGAAGAUAUUCGUCAUGAACUUCAUCAUGUCCUACCUCGGUAUCUUCUUGACAGCAUUUGUCUACGUCCCCUUUGGUACCCUCAUCGUACCGCAUCUCGAUAUCUUUAAUGUAGCUGUGCGACCUUUCGCCGAGGAUGAGAAGCAACUCCACCAUACAACCACCAGCUGGAGCAUCAAUCCUGAUCGUCUUCGCAAGCAAGUCAUCUACUUCACCGUGACUGCCCAGGUUGUCAACCUUGGCAUGGAACUCAUUGUACCAUACCUUAAGCGUCGUGGCUUCGCCAAGUUCAAGCAAUUCCAGUCGGCAAGGGCCGCAAAGAACGGCGGAGCAUCACCUUCUGCUGCUGCCAAUGACUCGCCAGAGGACUCCGCAUUCCUCGAACGCGUGAGGAAAGAGGCCGAACUCGACGUCUACGACGUCACCGCCGACCUUCGAGAGAUGGUUGUUCAAUUCGGUUACCUCUCCCUCUUCUCUGUCGUCUGGCCCCUUACCGCCGUAUCAUUCCUCAUAAAUGACUGGAUCGAGCUCCGCGCCGACGCCAUGAAGAUAUGCGUCGAAAUGCAACGUCCUGUCCCCUGGCGCGCAGACACCAUCGGUCCCUGGCUCGACUCGCUUUCCUUUCUUACCUGGUUGGGAAGUCUCACCACAUCAGCCCUUGUAUACAUGUUCUGGAACCAGAGCGCAGGCCCUGGCGGCAAUCCCUCCACCAUCCAACUUUGGGCACUCCUCCUCACCGUCUUCUUCUCCGAGCACCUCUUCAUCCUGUUCCGUUGGGCAGUCCGCAUUGUUAUCUCCAAACUUGACUCUCCUGGUCUGCAGAAGGAGCGUCGUGAUCGCUUCCUUGUGCGCAAGCAAUACUUUGAGGAGAACCUUAGUGCGAUGGAAAAGAUUCCUAGGAUGACUGACAAUGGCGGGGAGAUUACGAGAAGGAGCCUCGAGGACGAUGCGAGGCAGUCUAGUCUCAGUGAUAGUACGCCUGAGGGGAGGUUUUGGGGACGACAGAGGGGCUGGAGGGAGACUGCGACCGUAGCGAAGGGGUUGAUUGAGCAGGCCCAGAACGAGACGACUACGGAGAGGAAAAAAGAGCUGUAGGUUCAGAUGGCGGAUGAUGGAAUACUUCCAUCAGCAAACUGAGGGCUGGCGAGACAAUGCAGUUGGUAGCUGGGGAGUGAUCCAAUUGCCUGACGACAUUGAUGACUUGAGCAUUAUCAGCAUGGCGUUCCUCGUAGGGGUCUCAAAAAGUACAUAGCAUGAGUAGCAAUACACGAAUAUAUUUGAGAGAUCAUGAGUUGAGCACAGGAU